UCUCUCUCGGAUCCCCCUCGCUGUUCUCCCUCCCUCUCCCACACCCCCAAGCCUCUCAAGUCGCCCUGAUCUACAAAAUCCAACCUCUAAUUUGCUUGCGUCUUCGGCGAAUUUGAUGCCUCAUCGUCGUGAAUUCGCAGGUCCGAUCCCGAAUCCGACGCUGCUUCUUGCGGCCUCCGGCGAUCGCCGCACGCGUCUAGGGUUUUCCUGACUCCAAACCCGAUCGAUUCGGCGGCGCUUCCGACGAUGGAUGGCAACAAUAGUCCCCUCCCCCUUCUCCCUUUGUUCUCGCCUCUCGCCGGUGGUUUCCGCCCCCUCGGAGCUCGGAAUCAGUGGUUUUCCGGUUCGUUAUCUCGAGUUUCUUCCAGCGGUUCGCCUGAAUUCGGCGAGGUGCGAUCGAGAUUCGCCAUGGCUAGCUCCGGCGAUGGAGAGAACGGCGAGAACCGCCGGACGCGACUGGACCGCGACGAGCCCGACGAUCUGUCGUCGAUCGACGCGUCCUCGGUGGAGUCCGGGCCGAGCUCGAGGGUCUCGAGGGGGGUAGCCGAGGAGAUUGGGAUGGCGGAGAGGCUGACAGACGUCUUCAUCGGGGGAGGCGACGGAGAUCCGUUGAUGCACGGCGGAGCGAUCGGGAGGAUAGGGUUCUGCAGUGGCCGCAGUGCUCGAUAUGCAAGUGGUUGGGGCUGCCGCGCGGAUGAGAGAUUGAAGCCGUUGUUGAAGUCGAGUGAGUCGAGCAGCGCGGCUGCGGAUUGGUUGUUGGCUCACCUCAGUCAGCAUUUCGAGCCUGCAGAAGUUGGAAUACUGGCCAUAUGCUUUUGCAUGCCACUUGUUUCGAUUCGAGUUGGCAAGAUAGACAAGCAAGGGACUCUUCUUUGCCCCACAUCAACAAGGUGAAGUGGGCGUAUCUUAUUAUGAUCUCUGAAUUAAGGGGGAGUCAAGGUAGUUUCAUGCUCCUAUAUUAUCUUGUCGACUGUUGCUUUUUGAAUGUAUAUAGGAUCUGAAUUCAACAAGUAGAAAAUGUUAGUGACUAUUUUUGUUCUUAUGCUUGUCAUUUAGGUAGGUCUCGUGACACUGUAAUUCUGAUCUCAUUAAGUUCUCUUCAGUCAAUUGGUUGUUAUUGUUUGCAUUUGACAAUUAAUAGUUAUGUGAACUGACUUUUUAUAUUA